GCGGCGCUCAGCAGACAACGGGCUGCAUCAAGGAGGUCAGCGAUAGCUUGAUGACCGCGCCCGGCGCCAGCGCAAGAGGCACACCAACGCAGCUGAACAUGCAUAGGUGACUAUGGGCCUGCAGCUGCUGCUGCUGCUGCUGCUACUGCUGCUGAAAUUGGUAAGCUGUGACCAGUUGGCUUUCACGCGCAGCUUGUAUGAGGCCAGCAUUCCUGAGAACCCCGAACCCAAGCGCUAUGUCCAGCCAAGUGAGAAGAUGGGUGUGCACGUGGACAGCCCCCAUUUGCAGGUCCGCUACAAGAUCAUUGCUGGCGACAAGGAGCGGCAGUUUAAAGCUGAAAGCCGGUUGGUGGGGAACUUCUGGCUCCUGUUCAUACGGGCACGCACCGAGAGUACCAGCACCUUGAAUCGGGAAUAUGAGGACACCUACCAUCUUCGAGUGAAAGGCUCUGUGCAUGACACCUUGCACUUGCGGCGCCUGCCCGAUGUCUAUUGCGAAGUGCUCAUACGAGUGACCGAUAAAAAUGACCUGAGCCCCUUGUUUUUCCCCACCUGGUACAAUGUGACGGUACCUGAGGACACACCCAUCCACAAUGUCCUGGUGAAGCUCAAUGCUUAUGAUCCAGAUAUGGGUGUCAAUGGAGAGAUCUAUUACCGCCUGCUAGAACCCUCACGGCAGUUUGCAGUUCACCCAACCAUGGGAACAGUCUUGCUCACACGACCGCUAGAUGUCCAGAAGAAGCCUACUCACCAGCUGACUGUGGUAGCAGAAGAUAGGGGCCCCAAGCGCCAGAUGGGUAGCAUUCUCAAGUCGAGCACAGCCCAAGUAGUAGUGCAUGCAGAAGCGGUCAAUAGGCAUAGGCCGGCUAUUUUUGUGCGCCACGUCCAUGCACUGGUGGAUGCUCCCGAGGUGUGGGCUGUAGUGGUAGUGACAGACGAUGACCCUGGCAUUCAUGGCACCAUUGGUGGAUUGGCCAUUGUGGAUGGAGAUGAUGAGGACUGCUUUACUGUGGUGGCUGGCUCUCAGCCAGGGGAGUUUCAUCUGCGCGUUGACCCAGAGCGCCCACUGAGACAGAGGAGUUACACACUGACACUGCGAGCUUGGGACCAAGGUGUGCCCUCCCAGUUUACCGAUGAAAAGGUUUCCAUCAGCCCUUUGGAGCUCACCAGUGAAGUGUUGGAGCACUCUUACUAUGAGGCUGAUGUGCCUGAGGAGGCUCCUCCUGGUUCUCCAGUAGCGCAAGUGAAAGCACGUGUGCCUGUUGUGUUUCAUAUAGAGUCUGGAAAUGAGGAUGGCCAUUUUGUUUUGAACACUGCUACUGGAAGGCUUAGCACAGCUAACUGGCUAGACUACGAAGCGAAGGCCAACUACUCUUUGCGACUUAGUGCCACUAGUAGUGGAGCUACUGGCCACCUUCAGGCUGUGGCCACUGUUACUGUACGAGUGUUUGACUGCAAUGACCAUGCACCUGUCUUUGAUCCUAUGCCCGGGGAAGUGUUAUUGGAUGAAAAUAGACCAGUGGGAACCAAGAUAUUCACAGUUCAUGCUCGCGAUGAAGAUGAGGCAGAAAAUGGCUAUGUGAGCUACAGCCUCGUGAACUUGAAUGCAGUACCUUUUAGCAUUGACCCAUUUAGUGGUGAGAUUUACACAACAGAGGUUCUGGAUCACGAAACCAUGCGGCACAGUUAUAUGCUUCGCAUCCGUGCCACAGAUUGGGGUGCACCGUAUCAGCGGCAGACAGAAAGGGCCCUCCUUGUGACACUGAGAGAUGUCAAUGACCACCGGCCCCAAUUUGAGAAGGUAGACUGUGUUGUUCGUGUACUGCAGAACGCAGCUGCUGGUACUCAGGUGCUCACACUGUCAGCUGUGGACUUGGACAAUGGUGGCAAAGGAACAAUACAUUACAAGAUGGAUGCCAGCAGCGACACUGCUUGCUUUCACCUCAAUGCUAGCUCAGGUGUGCUGAGCUUGGAAUGCAGAUUGCAGCUGCCUGCUCAUGUGAAUGUGACGGCAACUGAUGGUUACCACUUCGCUGACGUGAUGACUGUGCAGGUGCAUCCUGUAGAACAGCAAGCUUCCACGGAAUGCAAGGACGCUGGUGUCAUUGAUAAGCUACGCCAUCAACUACAGAUCUCUGAGCAGAACCAAGGCAACGAUCACGGUGAACCGACUGCAGCCAGUUUUCUAGAAAAUCGACACAGUCCACAGCUAAGCUGGCCUAAAGAGCUGGCUGUGAAUGAAAGCACACCACUGGGCUCAGUGCUAGGCUACGUCCAGGCCAAAGACCCAGAUCAUGGCUACAAUGGCCGCUUAGUGUAUGUUAUAUCCAGUGGGGACCAGCAUUCUUGCUUUCGUGUCGAUAUGCAUACGGGGGCACUAAUGCUGGUUGCUGCUCUCGACUACGAGCUUGCACCAUCUCACUUGUUGAACGUGACAGUCUACGAUCAAGGCCGGCCCCCGAGGUCAAGUUCUCAGACCAUGUUUAUUCGGGUACUCGACGUCAAUGACAAUGUUCCGUUGUUUGAGAAGCCAGCCUACAACUUUGUGAUCAACGAGGAUGCUCCUAAUGGGACAUCUGUGGCCCGCUUGAGGGCAGCAGAUGCUGACCAGGGCCGCAAUUCAGAGCUGCAUUUCAUCCUCAGCUCUGAGCAGUUCCACUUGGACAGUGAGACUGGUCUCCUGACCAUAAAGGGACCUCUUGACCGAGAGCGCCACGACCAUCACAUGCUCACAGUCACAGUGGCCGAUGGGGCACUUGAGUACCCACUGUCCUCCAUGGCCACUGUCAACAUAGUGGUGAGGGAUGUGAAUGACAAUGUGCCACAUUUUGCACGAGCCCCCUAUGUGGUGAGGAUUCGAGAGGACCUUCCGAUUGGUGCUUUGGUAACUUCGGUGCAUGCUGAAGAUGCAGACUUUGGAGAUAAUGGCAGGGUCCAGUACUCCUUGGAUGCAGAAAAUUUUGAUGUUGAUCCUGAUACUGGUCUUGUACGGCUGGUUGCCAUGUUAGACUUUGAAACAUGGCGGCUGUACAAUGUGACUGUGCAGGCUCGGGAUUGUGGGGAUCCACCCUUGACCAGCAUUACCAACAUGAUUGUUGAAGUGGAGGAUGUCAAUGAGAAUUUGCACGCACCAUAUUUUGCUGAGCAGGUGAUCAGUGCCACUGUGGAUGAGAACCAACCUCCUGGGACAUCGGUCACCACCUUGACAGCUACAGAUGAAGAGGGCAUCACAUACACCAUCACUGGCGGCAAUGGCUUGGGCAUGUUCACCAUAGACAACAACGGGGUUGUGCGCACCCAUGUUUCAUUGGAUCAUGAGGCCUGUGCGCACUACUGGCUCACCGUGGUGGCGCGUGACUUGAGCCCUGUACCCCUUGAGGCGUUUGUCGACCUACACGUGGCCGUGCGUGACCUCAACGACCAAUUGCCCCUGACCGAGCUGCCAGCCUACGCAGUGACCGUGGCCGAACACAGUGCAUCUGGGGCAGCCAUCCUCACCAUGACUGCACGAGACUCAGUUGAUUGGAGACUCGUGGACGAUGCGGCAGGCUGCUUUGCCAUCGAUCGUCGCUUGGGCACUGUCACCACCAUCUGCUCUUUGGACCGUGAGGCUGAGGAGCGACACGUGCUCGAAGUGGUGCUCACUGACCGAGGGGAACCGCCACUAUCGUCCACCACCCAAGUGCUUGUCAUGCUUGCUGACAUUAAUGAUCACAAGCCAGUGUUUACACAGUCAUUGUACCGCUUUCGGGUUCUCCCAGCCAAUGGUCAAGUGGAUGCGGUUCCCCUCUGCCAGGUGCUGGCAGUGGACCGUGACGAUGUGAACCUCACCUAUUCGGUGGUCAGCUCACCUCAAUUCUCCAUCAACCCCAUCACAGGCCUGCUUCAUGCACACGUGCAGCUACUCCCUGGUGACACUCACGAGCUCAUGGUACAAGCAUUUGACUCUGGCAGCUGGCCUGCAAGUGCGCACGUGCAGCUUUACGUGGUCUCACGUCCUGUGACCAGUGGGAGUGCACCGGUUGUCCAUGAUGUGGAAGUCUCACCGACGCUUGAGACUGACCCCGUGGACCACCUUGUGGCCAUUGUGCAUGCCUCAGACCCAGAUGGAGAUGCCCUCUGGUACAGCCUGGCAGGUGGCAAUGAAGAAGGCAAGUUUAUGAUUGACUGUGAGCAUGGCUUCAUCAAGUUGGCAAGACCGCUUGACCGAGAAACACGUGCCAGCUACAACUUGACGGUACACGUCACUGAUGGUAGUGCCAAAGCGACAGCCACAGUGCACGUGGAAGUGCUUGAUGCAAACGAUAAUUGGCCUGUGUUCUCGGAGAGCCUCUACCAGGUUGAAGUGUCUGAGAGUUCAUCUCCUGGCAUGAAAAUUCUACAGCUGACCGCCACCGAUGCUGAUGAGGACCAGCGUCUCUUCUAUAGCAUCCACAACAGUGAGCAGGUCACAAGCAACUCCCACUUCAUGCUUGACUCGGACACGGGUGUGCUGUCACUGGCCUUGCCCCUCGAUCACGAGGCCUCCCAGCAGCACCUACUCACCAUCGCAGUGCGGGAUUCGGGUGGACCUGUCACACGGCGGGGCUUUGCUCGUGUUCGGGUGCUGGUGACAGACCACAAUGACCACGCACCGGAGUUCCUUCAGGCGCGGUACGAAGUGCGCGUGUCAGAGACGGCGGCCCCAGGCACAGUACUACUGCAGCUCGGGGCCCUGGAUCGGGACCGGGGACCCAAUGCCCUACUGACUUUUUCUUUAACCUCAGGAAGCAUGGGCUCCUUGUUUUCCCUCGACUCCACCCUGGGCCUCUUGACCCUUUCCCGGGAGCUGUCGCAGCAGACCGAGCCCGAAUUUUUUCUCACCGUGCGUGCUGUAGACCACGGAGAACCACCCCUGAAUGCCACAUGUACGGUGCAUGUAGUGGUCGUACCUGCCGACAAUGCACCGCCUCACUUUGUGCCCGUCGAGCAGACCAUAGAGGCAGCCGAAAAUGAGCCAGCCGGAGUGUUCCUGCUGGCACUGAAUGUGCACAGCAGCUCGUCAGUCUUUUUUCAGCUGGAAGGUGCUUCCACCCACUUUCGGUUGGACCCUGUGACCGGUGUGCUCACCACAGGGGAGGCGGCCCUAGACUUUGAGCGAGUGGCGGUGCACCGGCUCGUGGUGCGUGCAACUAACCUGGCUGGUGCCAGUGCCUUGGCUCAAGUGACUGUGCAGGUGCUGGACUGCAAUGACCAUGCGCCACGCUUCCGACAACUGUUGUACCGAGGCACCGUGAGCGAGGCUGCCCCUGCUGGCAGUGCGGUGCUCCAGGGAAGCCAGCCGCUAGUGGUGGCUGCCUACGAUGAGGACACCGGCAUCAAUGCACAGCUAACCUUUUCCAUUGUGGAGGCCUGGGCCCGCAGGCUGUUUCGUAUCGACCCCAACACAGGUGCUGUAAGCUUGGUGCAUCCUUUGGACCGGGAGCAGCAGGAUAAACACAACUUCACAGUGGCGGUAUUGGACCAUGGCCAGCCACAACAUUUUGCACUGCAGCCGGCCACUGUCACCAUUUAUGUGUCGGAUGUCAACGACAGUCCUCCUCGAUUUGAGCGUGAGCUGUACAAUAUUACACUCCUGCUACCCACAUACGUGGGUGUACUUGUGGCCCAAGUGGCUGCCCAUGAUCCAGACUUGGAAGGGCCGAACCUGCGCUACUCACUGGUGGCUGGGGAUCACGAAGGCCACUUCGAGGUGCGACCGGAGACCGGUGAAGUGGUGGUGCGGGAACCCAGCGGGCUGCAGGGCCUGUACCGCUUGUUGGUGUCCGUCACCGACGGUCGGUCCGAGACUGCCACCCUAGUCCUGGUGUCUGUCGGGCGGGCCAACGUGGGCCACCUGCGCUUUGCACAACCGCUCUGGGAGGCUGCUGUGUGCGAGAAUGAACCGCCAAAGCAGCGCGUGCUUUUGCUGUCUCUGCUGGGAGCAGCUGUUGGGGAGCCCGUGCACUUCUCGCUGCUCACCCCUAGUGAGUAUUUUGCUGUGGGCCUCCACUCAGGCCUGGUGCGCUGCCUGGCACCGCUGGACCGGGAAAAGCGGGCUCUCUACGAGCUGGCACUGGAGGCACGCUCUGCUCUGGCGGUGGCCCACGCCAUGCUACGGGUGCACGUGAAGGACGCCAAUGACAAUGCACCCAUUUUCGUCAACCGGCCUUACUACUCAGUCAUCACAGUCAGUGCACAGCCUGGAGAUCUCGUCUUAAAGGUGAAGGCCAUAGACCUUGACGAAGGCCCCAACGGGCAGGUUGUGUAUUCCCUGCAUGAGGGAGAUGGCCACCUGUUUUGUGUUGAUCAAGACUCGGGAGAGAUUCGGCUGAUGCGCAGCCCUGGCCGCCCAGACGAGUACGCCCUGGUGCUGGUGGCUCGAGACCAGGGCAACCCUCCUCUGGAAAGCCAUGCUGGUGUGGCAGUCAAGGUGACCGAUGAAGCCAUGCCCAUCUUUGGCCAGCAUUUCUACACUGCUUCUGUGGCUGAAAAUACGAUGCCUGGAACAGCACUGCUGACUGUGGAAGCCAAAGGGGCCCAUCCACUUGUAUUCACUUUGACCAGUGACCACUUCGCCAUUGAUCGGGCCACAGGUGUGCUGUCCCUUGUGGAGUCGCUGGAUUACGAGAAUCAACCACGGCACGAGCUGCAGGUGCAGGCUACUGACUCCGUGAGUGGUGCCCACUCGGAGGUGCUGGUCACCGUGCACGUGCAAGAUGUCAACGACUGUGCACCCCUGUUUGAGCAGAGCUGGUACAAUGUGAGCGUGUCUGAAGCCAUGCCUGUGGCCAGUCCCCUGCUGGAGGUGCAUGCCAGCGACCAGGAUGGGCCCCAGUUAGAGCUCCGGCUGGCUAUCGACGACAACACCUUCCUCCUGGAUGCCCAAGGUGUGCUGCGACUGCGUGCGCCCCUAGAUCGAGAGGCACAGCCGCUGCAUCGGCUGCAGGUGGUGGCAUCAGACUUGGGCCACCCUGCGUCACUGAGUGGCACAGCACGUAUCUGGGUCACCGUGAUCGACAUGAAUGACAACUCACCUGCCUUUGCACAGCCGGCUUACACUGCUGUGGUGGACCAGCGGUCUCGUAGGGGUCAAUUCGUCGCAAGGCUGCUGGCAAUAGAUCCUGAUGUGUCAGACCAGUUGUCAUACGCUAUAGUUACUGGCAACGAUGCACAGCUCUUUGCCAUCAACCGAUCCACAGGAGUGGUGACAGUGUCCAGCAGCGUACCCUCUACGUGGCCUCUUACUGGCUUUGAGCUGAAUGUUUCUGUCACCGAUGGGGUGUACCAGAGCUACACACAGUUGCGCGUGGUGGUCAGGGCGAGCAACGAGCACUCGCCCCGGUUCAGCCAGGCCGUGUACGAAGCAGUGGUGGCCGAGAACCUGUCGCCCGGUGCUCGAGUGGCACAUGUGUUCGCCACCGACCCGGACCAGGGGGUGCUGGGCCAGCUGAUCUAUGCCAUUCGCAGCCACAACUGUGCGCUGCACUUCCACAUCAACAGCACCACAGGUGAGCUGGUAACCCAGAAGCCCUUGGACCGUGAGCGUCGCCACCUUUACGAGGUCCCAGUGUCUGCAACGGAUGGGGGUGGCCGGCUUGCAUUUGCUGUGGUUCGUGUGGCUGUUACUGAUGUUAAUGAUAAUGAGCCAACAUUUGGUGCAGCUGAGUAUCAAGUCAGCAUAUGGACCAACACCAGCGUUGGAACCACCUUACUGAAGGUUCGUGCUUUUGACCAAGACCAAGGAAACUGGCUGCGUUACAGUUUGCACGAAGCACCAAGGAAUGUCAGUUCAAUAUUCAAUAUCACCCAUGACUCGGGAGAGCUUUACCUCAAGGCGCCACUUAAAGGUAUUGGUGUGUUCCAGUUCUUUGUUCAUGUCAGCGACCAAGGUGAGCCACAAGCUCGCUGGGCUGUGGCACCUGUCACGGUGGCCGUGGUGUCGCCACUGGAGGAGCUCCCUUCGCUCGAACUUCCCACACGCGACCUCUUUGUUCAAGAAAGUGCGCUUCUGGGUAGCUCUGUGCUGGCACUUCCACCUGGCUCAACACUGACGGGACCCUCCGAAUUCAGCAUUGAUGCUCAAGGCAAUCUUGUAGUGGCUGCACCACUGGACCGGGAACAUCAGAGCACGCAUCAUUUAACCCUGCGCAAGGAGACGUCUCAUGGCUUGGCCACAGCCUUUGAUGUCACCGUGCAUGUCUUGGACGACAAUGAUUGUGAACCUGUGUUCGAUGUGUUGGCCUAUAAGACUGCAGUAGCUGAAAAUGCGGAGCAGGGCUGUGUGGUGGCUCGGCUCCUGGCACACGAUCCAGAUGUGGCGCUGCGUAAAGUGACGUACGAAUUUUAUGAAGACACUGACCCUGCAGCUGAUAUCUUCCGGGUGGACCCAUUGAACGGGGUGGUCACAACACGAGUGGCACUUGAUCGGGAGGCUGUGCCUUUCUACAACUUCACGGUGAAGGUGCGCGAUGAUGGCUUGCUGUCCUCUUCAGCCUGGGUUUACGUCGAGGUGCUGGACGUCAACGACAACCCCCCGGUGUUCGAGCACUCCAGCUACCAGCUGCAGGUGCUUGAGGAUGCUGUUGCAGGCACUGUGGUUGCCAGCCUGCGUAUCGAGGAUGCUGAUCGGGAGACUGCUCCUGUUGGGUUUUACGUACUCUCUGGUGACCCUGGCCAGCAGUUUGCAGUGCGGAACAGUGGUGAUGUUUUUGUGCAAAGGCCUCUGGACAGGGAGACACUGCAGAACUACACCCUCACAGUGGGGGCCACUGAUGGCUUGCAUGUGGCCACAACUCAGCUUGAAAUAACCGUCCUGGACAGCAAUGAUAAUCCACCCAUCUGUCGCAAGUCCAAGUACACGGAGCUUGUUUCAGAGAGCAUUCCAGUGGGCACUGCAAUCCUGACUGUUGAAGCCACUGACGCGGAUGAUAGUAGCCAGCUGCACUUUUACCUGUCUGGCCAAGGAGCUGAAGACUUUGUUUUAGAUGCAAGCAGUGGUGUACUUCACACGUCACGCCCACUGGACAGGGAACAGCGGCCACACUACUCCCUUGUGGCCCAUGUUCGCGAUGUGGCUCGCUGGGAGUGGCAGUGCAACAGCAGCAUUGAGGUGCUGCUGAGCGAUGUAAACGACAACCCGCCGGUGUUUGGCCAGAAGACCUACGAGCUGGUCUUGCCCGAGGACACACCGGCUGGCCGCCUGGUUGCCCACGUGCAUGCCUUGGACCGCGACCUAGGUGUGAACCGGCAGCUGAGUUAUUCAUUUGUUCAAGCAGACGGCCACUUCAGCGUAGAUGCGCACUCGGGGCUGGUGCGGCUGGAGCAGCCGCUUGACCGGGAACAGUGUGCUCGCUUCAACCUCACAGUGCAGGCCCAAGACCACGGCCAGCCCCCUCUGGCUUCCCGGACUCACCUGGCAGUCACCGUGCAGGACAUCAAUGACAGCCCACCCGAGUUCACUCAGCAGGUGUAUGCUGCUGCCGUGUCGGAAGUGGCACCCGUGGGAUCGCCCCUCAGUGUGGCCGUCAAAGCCGCCAGCCGAGAUGUGGGUGUCAAUGCUCAGAUCACGUAUGCUCUAGUUGCUGGCAAUGACAUGGGACACUUCAGCAUCGAAACCAAGACAGGUGUGCUGCGAGUGGCUCACUCACUGGACUACGAAGAGAUAACCAGCUAUCAGCUAACAGUGGAGGCCCGCGAUGGAGGUGAACCACCACUUAGUGCUCGUGCCUGGCUCAAUGUGUCUGUCUUGGAUGCCAAUGACAAUGCACCCAUGUUCGGGGGACCCUACAGUGCUACCGUCACCGAAGAUGCAUCUCCAGGGCAGCUCCUGCUUCAGGUGCAGGCCAGUGAUGCAGACAGUAGUGGUGAGCUGCGAUACGCCUUGCUGCACCCAGGGCCUUUUUUCUUAGAUCCUGUCACUGGGCAGCUGCGUCUAGCAGGGCCUCUGGACCGAGAAAUGGUCAGCAGAUAUGUGCUGGAAGUUGAGUGCUGGGAUGGAGGCACGCCCCCAUUGUCGGCCCAAGCCCUGGUGCACGUGGAGGUGCUAGACGUCAACGAUCAUCCGCCGCGCUUCGAUCAGAGCAACUACACAGCUGUGGUUCACGAGGGUCGCCAGGCUGGCUGGACGGUGCUGCGCUUCUCACUCAGUGACGCAGACUCACCGUUGCACGGACCUCCAUUUCGGCUGCAAGUCGACGAGCCCUCGUUUUUUCGUGUUAAGGGCCACGAGUUGCAACUGGCUCGGCCGCUCCCCCCCCAGUCGCGCCACGAGCUGCGCGUGCGUGCCUACGACUCUGGCAGCCCACCUUUAUCGGCAGAGGCACAUGUCACCGUGUUGGCCAUCCAGAAAAGCCGGUUCCGACCGCAGGUGCAGCCCCUGAAUGUACUCGUCUGCUCCUUCUUGGACGACUUUCCCGGAGGUCUGCUGGGCACGGUGCACGCCACGGACGAGGACCCGUACGACCAUGUUGACCUGUCUCUGUCGGGACUUCACGCCUCGCUCUUUGUGCUCGACCGGGAUGACGGAACCUUACGGGCAUUACCAGGCCUCGAUGCGGGCAGCUACGUGCUCAAUGUCACUGCUUCGGACAGCAGCACCCCGCCAACGCACGCGCCAGUGACAGUGCAUGUCGUGGCUGUAUCCGAGGAGCUGCUCAAGGCCUCCAUUGCACUGCGUCUCACAGGAACCACGACUGCACGUUUUGUGGCUGCAGAUCGGCGGCAGCUGCUUCGGGCUGUGAGGACAGCCCUGGGUGUUCGUCUCAGAGACCUGGUGCUGGUGAGCGUGCAGCCAGCAGCAGGGGAGGAGGGGCAGCUGGACGUGCUUCUGGCCGUUCAGCUCGAAGGCGGGCCUAUGCCAGCGUCCACUGUAGCAGCCAGGCUGCACGAGCGUCAUGUGACCUUGGAGGCAGCUGCUGGGCUCAGCAUUCACAUACUGCCUCAGGGUGACCGGUGCCCUAGCCUCCGUUGUGUGCAUGGCGAAUGCCAAGACCGGCUGGUGCUAGACCCUGGUGACUUGGUGGUCCUCGCUGCAAGUGGCCACAGCUUGGUUUCAGCCCGACACAGUCGCCACACGGCAUGCAUCUGUAACCCUGGCUUUGGUGGCGAUACUUGUGAAGCAGCUGUGGACGAGUGUGCCCAGCAGCCCUGUGCUGCUGAGCGCCACUGUGUGCCUGAUGCAUCUCUCCUGGGCUACAGUUGCCAGUGCCCGUCUGGACGAAGUGGGCCCCAGUGCAAUGUCCACUGUCAGGAGCCCACCUGUUAUGAAGAGAAGCGGCCCAUCUCUUUUGGUGGCCAGAGCUACGCUCACUACGUGCUGUCACAAUCACUGGAUCGACGACUCUCUUUCUCGGUGAUGUUGCGCACCCUGCACCCCGUGGGGACACUUCUGCACAUCUCAGGACCACGGGACUAUGCCAUUCUUGAGGUAUCCGGUGGGUAUGUCCAGUACCGUUUUGACUGCGGUAGUGGCGAAGGCCUGGUGCAUGUGGCUGGCCGCCGUGUGGACGACGGCAUCUGGCAUGCUCUGCACCUCGAGCACCGUGGAGGCAGCGCGCAGGUUGCCGUGGAUGCACAUUACAAAGGCUCAGGAUCGGCGCCGGGUCCCCAUGAUGUGCUGAAUCUUGAAGGCCAUGAGCUGCACCUAGGCGGGGCACCUGCAGUGAUGGGCCUGGUCGGCUGCCUGGAUGACGCUCGGGUGGGCGGCCUGCCACUGCCCCUGCACCUGCGCCCCACGGGCCAUGCCCAGCUACGUCGACUGGCCAACGUCCACUUCUCCUGCCACCUGGUGGAUGCUUGUGGUAGCCAGCCUUGUCUCAAUGGGGCCACCUGCCGACCCCUGCUCACCACUGGAUACAGCUGUACAUGCCCAGCACACUUUCAGGGCCCACUGUGUGAAGAGCCAGUAGCCAAGGGCCAGUGCACCGAUGGAGCGUGUGAGCCAGCAAAUUGCCAAGCCAAGCCAUGUCUCCAUGGUGGCUUUUGCCAACCAGAUGGUCGCUGCCUCUGCCUGGCCUCCUACAAGGGUGACCGCUGUGAGCUGGUUGAGGCUUGUGCAGCGUGCGAGUCGGGCGAGAGUUGUGUGGAGCUGGCUGAUGGCUUCCAGUGUGGCUGCCUGGAAGAAGGCCUGUGUGCUUACGAGGGUCUGCCUCUUGCCUGGCCCCUUGGGGGCGCUGCUGUACUUCUCCUGCUUCUCCUGCUGGCAUUUGUGUGCUGCUGUCGACACUGCUGCCGCCACCAUCGUGCUGACCACCAGUGCAGCAACACUGUCACUGCCAAGAAUUAUGUUCUGGCGACAGCCAACAUCCGGCCAAAGAUAAGCAACCUGGAGCAGCGGCCAGCCUCGUACACCACCACACGAGAGGCUACCCUUAAUAAUUUUGACACAGUGCGAAGCUACGGGAGUGCGGCUGACGACCUCGAGUCACGUUACCAGCCAAACGAUCUGCGCUGCCACACUCCAUCGGCCAGUGCUCCUACCAAGGGUCUCUACCUGGACAAGAUUCCCAAUGACUUGAAGGCAGCCCUUUCUCCAUCGCUGGCGCCCCAAAGCUCAGCCACCAGCAUUGCAUCUGAUCUUCCAGGCUACUGCUGGGACUAUUCAGACCUGGCAGCACAUGCCGAAGAAGAAGAUGUGUCGAGUGGGGAUGAUGAAGCAGCUGGCAGCCGCGAACGCUCGGAGUGUUCGGAAGACACAGCCCUGCAGGAUGAGCGAUACACGUGCCACCCUGACCAGUACCUGCCACGACACAGCGAGCCAGCAGUGUGUGCCAUUGAGGACAGCGAUGAGGAGGCCUGACUGUGCCAGCCAUGUGACAUUGCUUCAAAACUGUGCCUUGUGUGUUGUCCUUACAAUAAAAAAAUACAUCCAAUCAUGUG